AUGUCAGAGGAUAUCUCCGACGUACCGCCUCGCAAACGUCUUCGUACUGAACCCACACUCGAUCAGAAGUCUCUGAAACAGCCGUGCCUAUUUGCUCCGUUUCGUGCCCUCGGCUUCAUCACCAAUCAUGUACCAUUCCUCCUACAAACACGUUCUCACAAAGGAUCCACCGAAGGUCCGCGUAUACAUCUGGUGACAUGCUUAGGAAAGGCGUGGGCGAUGUGGGAGGGUGGAAAGAUGGGCCUACUCUUUGUAGGCCCUGACUUUCCUGAUCAAAUAAGCUAUAUGGCUAUGGAGGGAGAUGCCGUCUGGGCUGCGUGCGGGUCUCAACUCGUCAAGUACACGAGAGGGAGGGAGAUUGGAAGAGUCGUCAAUCCGUUAGGCACGAACAUAUCGUUUAUUACGAUAUUUGGACACCAACUAUUGGCCCUCACUGAAGACGGCGAGAAAAUGUUGGUGUGGGACACAGAAAACGAAGACUUGUUGGCCUCCAUGUCGUUUGAUCCAGGAUUUACAGCCACAAUGGUCCUCCAUCCUGCCACUUACCUCAACAAAGUGGUUGUUGGAAGUAGUCAAGGUAGCUUGCAGCUCUGGAAUAUUCGCACUCAAACCAAAAUCCACACAUUCCCAGUGACAUCUCUUCUGACCUUAGCGACCCAGCCAAAUCCUGCUUUCACAACCGCCGUGACCGCGCUUGUACAGUCUCCGGCCAUGGACGUGGUCGGCAUUGGAUUCUCUUGCGGAGACAUUUCGGUGUAUGACAUCAGAACUGAUGAGAGGCUAAUGAAGAUGGCCAUGCAGGACGGUGUGAGGGCAUUGUCCUUCCGCAACGAUGGACAGCCGAUUCUUGCGUCCGGUUCUUCUGCAGGUCACCUAGCACUGUGGGAUCUCAAUACUGGUGGACGUCUACUUCAUCUUGUACGUGGUGCGCAUGACGGUGCUGUCACCGCGGCAGAGUGGGUACCAGGCCAGCCUGUAUUGAUUACCUCCGGGGAGGAUAACAGCGUCAAGCAAUGGCUCUUCGACUCACCCACGGCUGCCCCUCGCCUCCUCAAGUACCGGUCUGGGCACCAUGCACCACCACAUUUGAUUAGGUAUUAUGGAGAAGACGGGAAGCAAUUGCUAACCGCGUCCAGGGACCGUAGUUUACGAUGCACCAGUGUGGUCCGAGACUCGAGAAGUUUUGAGCUCAGUCAGGGAUCCUUAGCGAAGAAGGCCACUAGCCUAUCCAUUCCUAUCGAGUCGUUAAAAUUCUCUCCCAUCAUUGCUCUCUCACAUUCUACCACACGAACCAAAGACUGGGACGACAUCCUCACGGCGCAUACGGACGAGACCUUCGCACGCACAUGGAGCAUGAAGGACAAGAAAGUAGGGAAACACACGUUCGGAUUCGCGACAGACAAGAAAGGGGCCGCCGUAGGUUCUGUUAAGGCAGUCUGUGUAUCGGCUUGUGGUAAUUUUGGCCUCGCGUCGACAUCAACAGGCGCUAUCCAUAUGUACAAUAUGCAGUCUGGCAUUCUACGCAAAUCAUUUAGUGUCGGUCCAUGUCCUUCAACAGUUUCGAGCAGAUUCCGCCCGCCAGGAACGACGAAGAAAAAACAAGCCGAACGACCUGUCGCAGGCUUGGCAAGUGAUGCUCUCAACACCGUAAUCAUCGCCAGUACACUGGAUGGAACAAUCAAUUUUUUCGACUUCCAUACCGCCAAGCUAGAGGACACCUUGGUUCUUUCCUCAGCAGUUGUUUCCAUUACAUUGCAACGCGAUAAUGGCCUCCUGGCUGUCAUAUGCGAUGACCUUGUGGUACGCGUUAUCGACAUUGAGACACGAAAGAUUGUCAGGGAGUUGGGCGGCUUCCGUGGUCGAGUGCUUGACCUUACGUUCUCCCCAGAUUCACGAUGGCUAGUGACAACCUCGCUGGACUCGAUAAUUCGGACCUUCGACAUACCUACAGGUCGUCUGAUUGAUGCUUUCCGGACGCCAAGUGUUGCGACCAGUGUAACAUUCUCUCCGACGAACGAUUUCUUGGCUACUGCACAUGUUGACAGCGUUGGAGUGUUCCUAUGGGCAAACCGGGCGCAGUAUUCAGAAGUCUCAUUCCGGAGCAUGACAGAUGUCGAUGACACCGUGGAUGUAUCUCUUCCAUCAAUGCAGGGUGUUGCCGAGGAUGAAGCGCUCGAAGCAAUGUCGUCGUUGACUCUUAACGCCGAUGAUGACACCGCCGAUGUCUUCAUCUCACCUCCGCAACUUGAUGGAGAUCUAGUAACCUUGACUUUACUACCUCGCUCACGGUGGCAAACUUUGCUGAAUCUUGAAGUUAUCCAGCAACGCAACAAACCAAAAGAACCUCCAAAAGAACCGGAGAAAGCACCGUUCUUCCUCCCUACAUUACCUGGAGUAGAACCGAGAUUUGCCGUGGAGACGAAACAGAACGAAUCGAAGAAGCCAACGAAACGCCUGCAGAAGGCUGCUGCCUCAUCUGAGAGCGUGUUCUACCAGAAACUAGCUGCAGAAGAUAGCAAUGGUGACUACGGCGAGUUCUUUAACUAUGCGAAAACACUGUCGCCAGCCGCCAUGGAUCUGGAGCUACGCUCUCUUGUCACCCUGGAUGCUUUGCGAACGUUCUUGAAUUGUCUGACGCGCCGCCUCCGUUCACAUCGUGACUUUGAAGCAGUGCAGACCUAUCAGAACGUGUUCCUCCGGAUGCACGGUGAUGUCUUCGCGGCAAAUCCUGAAUUGCAAGAGGAACUAAAGACCUUACAAGAGGUUCAGCGUAAGGAAAGCGAGAAGUUGUUGGAACUCCUUGCGUCGUCUCUGGGGACACUGAGCUUUAUUAGGGAUACACUCUGA